AUUAAUCUCAAACACAAACUCACUUCUCAUCUAUACAUACUCACACAUCUACUUUUGUAUCUAACUCAACUCAAGUGGGUGCCCAUCUCCUUUUUCCAACUCUCUUGUGUUUGAAUGGAACAAAAAGAUUCAUUCCAAGAACCACCUCACCUUAAACAAACCCUUCUUGAAUCUCGCCGAGAUUUCUCUUUCGACACCACCAAUUUCUCCAGCAACCACGAAAUCGAAGACCCUUCUUCCAGUUUCUCCUCUAGUGGUGGUGAUGUUGAAGAUGGUGAGUCUGAGGCCUCUGCAAUCUCCCAGUUCUUUGCUUCUCAGAGUGGCCGGAGCAAGCGGUUCCACCGCUGCAAGACGGCGCCGGCGAUGACGGUGAUGCGUGACCAUGUCAAGAACAUUGGGAAGCCUGUGCCAGACUCUUCUUCUCUAGUGAGACAAGCUGCUGUGUUGUUGAUUAUUUAUUUGUCUCUAGGUGUUUUUAUUUAUUCGUUUAAUCGAGAUCAUUUUUCGGGGAUUGAGACGAAUCCUGUUAUUGAUGCUUUGUAUUUCUGUAUUGUGACUAUGUGUACUAUUGGUUAUGGGGAUAUUGCACCUUCGAGUUCUGCGGCUAAGAUAUUUGCUUGCUUGUUUGUGUUGGUGGGGUUUGGAUUUAUUGAUAUUUUGUUAUCCGGGGUAGUGAAUUAUGUCCUCGAUUUGCAAGAGAAUAUGAUUUUGACCGGCAUUGAGGAGAAAUCGCAGGAGGGGUUUUCGGUGAGAAAUUAUAUAUAUGAUAAGGCUAAAGGGAGGAUGAGGAUUAGGAUGAAGGUCGGUUUGGCUAUUGGAGUUGUGUUCUUGUGUAUCGGGGUUGGGAGUGUUGUGUUGUAUUUUAUGGAAGGGUUGAGUGUGAUUGAUUCAUUUUAUUUGUCCGUGAUGUCAGUGACGACUGUUGGGUAUGGUGAUAGAGCUUUUAAGUCUCCUCAAGGGAGGUUGUUUGCUGCAAUUUGGCUUUUGGUUUCGACUUUGGCUGUGGCGAGGGCGUUUCUGUAUUUGGCGGAGGCUAGAAUCGAUAAGAGGCACCGGAGGAUUGCGAAAUGGGUUUUGCAUAGGGAGAUUACGGUUGAGGAUUUGGUAGCUGCUGAUCUCAAUCACAAUGGCUUCAUCAGCAAAUCAGAAUAUGUUGUGUACAAGCUUAAAGAGAUGGGGAAGAUCAGCGAGAAAGACAUAUUGCAGAUAUGUGAUCAAUUCAAUAAGCUUGAUCGCAAUAAUUCUGGAAAGCUUACACUGCCUGAUCUGUUCGGGGGUAGAUUAUAGCAUCAAAGGUUUAAUUAGUAUUGGCCGAAAGUGUCUUAGUGUAUGUCUUAAUGUAUAUACAAAUACGGGGAAGGUACAUUCUGCAGGGGAAAGUAUAUACAUGGGGAAUAUGGGAAGUUGUAAAUUCUUGAAGAAUUGGAACAGUAGGAGGUAAUAGUUAGAUCUCAAUUCUCAGCUUGAGAAGAAUGUAUGUAUAUCAAGCACUAUGAUAGAGAACAAUGAGAUGCUUGUGACUCCAUGCAACAUGCUUUGUAGUCCAAGCACAAAAGAUAUAUGAAAAAGAAAAGCAUUAUUAUCA